CUGAUGCGGAAUCUCAAUAAGUUCUUUUUUUCUAGUUUAAGUUGCUUGUCAUUUCUAUCAAAGCCUGUUUUUCCUCUGAUUCCGCUGAGCGUGGAAUUAUAUUUCUGGUUUGGAUGUUGAUGAGUCUAUCACGAAUCUGAUAGUUGAAGUUAACAGUUCUCAUGGAGAGCCCUUCGAAUUGGCAACAACGGAGAGCCUUUGUUAGGUCAACAAUGGGAAGAAAUCUGAGUCCAAUACUGCGGCAAGAAUUGGCAAAUCUUGACAAAGAUGCUGAUAGUCGUAAAUCAGCAAUGAAAGCACUGAAAUCAUAUGUGAAAGGCUUGGAUUCUAAGGCAAUCCCACAAUUUCUUGCUCAAGUUUCUGAAACCAAAGAAACUGGGUCUUUAUCUGGCGAAUACACAAUUUCACUCUAUGAAGUUCUUGCUCGUGUCCAUGGAGUUAAUAUUGUAACUCAGGUUGAUAGUAUCAUGGCUACCAUAAUCAAAACUUUAGCAUCAAGUGCAGGAUCUUUUCCUCUUCAACAAGCAUGCUCCAAGGUGGUACCAGCAAUUGCAAGAUAUGGGAUUGAACCAACGAUCCCAGAGCAUAAGAAAAGGCAUAUAAUUCACUCGCUUUGUAAGCCUCUUUCAGAAGCUCUCUUAGGUUCUCAAGAAUGCCUGACUUCAGGGGCUGCCCUUUGCCUGAAGGCUCUAGUGGACUCAGAUAAUUGGCGAUUUGCUUCAGAUGAGAUGGUGAAUAGGGUUUGUCAGAAUGUGGCUGUUUCUUUGGAGGAGAAGCCCACGCAAACUAAUUCACACAUGGCCCUGGUAAUGGCUUUGGCAAAGCAUAAUGCUUUGAUAGUUGAAGCAUAUGCGAGACUCUUGGUACAAUCUGGAUUGCGCAUCUUGAAAGCUGGGGUCUUAGAGGGUAAUUCUCAGAAACGAUUAUCGGCUAUCCAAAUGGUCAAUUUCUUGAUGAAAUGUCUGGAUCCUAGGAGCAUAUUCUCAGAAAUUGACUUGAUAAUUGAGGAGAUGAAUGAGUGCCAGUCCGAUCCAAUGGCAUAUGUGAGUGGAGCUGCAUUUGAAGCCUUGCAAACUGCAAAGAAAAUUGCUGCAGAGAAAGGGUCAAAAUUUGAGAAGAGUUCUGGUUCAAUUACUGGAUCAAACCUCGGCAGGAGAGACCACAGAGGAAGGAGAAAUUUGUCCAAUGCCUAUGGUGAUCAAUCUCCAGCAUCUAUAUCACCUGAAUCACAAACUCUUGAUUCCUUUAUGGAAUAUGAAUCUUUCAUUGAGUCACCGAUUUCGACAACUAAUACUUCUUCCAGUGAGUAUGACCGUGGGAGUGUGAAUCGGAAACUAUGGAGUUUUGAGAAUGGAGGGGUGGACGUAUCUCUAAAAGAUGGUUUAUUUUCAGAGUUGUCUCAGGGAAGUCCCAUCCACGAUGCAUUCUCUGAUCAGUCUGGGCUACAUGAACUUAAUGAUAACAGAGGAAGUUGCGCGGGUGAAUUUGCAGGUUUCUUGCCUAGAAGUCCUAGAAAUGGACUAUCGAGGUGCACCACUCCCAGUCCUCGGCGGUCACGCUCUCAUAUAAAUGUCGACACCGUUAGCAUCUUCACAACUCCCAGGAAGCUCGUACACGCUCUCCAGGAUCCUAAUGAUUUGGAUUUAGAUUUCUCUGAGAAACAGAAUAAAAGGUUCGGAAGUCCAUGCUCGUAUAUGUGGAUCUCAUGUCUUUUUGUGUCCGAGACGCAGGAAAAAAAGAAGCAGCAUUUUGCUGCUUUGUGUAUACUGUUCAUGUUAAUUUUAAUUAGCAUGAACAGUGUAAGAGAUUUGCACUAUUUACUUGAAAAAUAA